AAGUGGAGUCGCCUGCCCCUGCCGCCGGGGCCGCCGUCGCUGUCCUAGCCGCCGCCGCUGCUGCCGCCGCCGCUGCCGUCUUCACCGCGGGAGAAGGAGCACGAGACAGGACGCCCUGAGUGAACGCCACCAUCCUGCCGACAGCUCCGCCCGGGCUGCUUCCUUUCCGCCCCAGUCCCCGUCCCCUCCCCCCUCAGGUGCCAUCCGCCUCCAUCCGCGCCCUCGAUCCCCCCAUCCCCAGGUGAGGGGGCUGAGCCCCGGUCGCGGAGGCCCCGACGAGCCCGGCAGGGUCACCAUUUGCAGCGCGACAUGGCAGGAGCUGGAGGAGGGAAUGAUAUUCAAUGGUGUUUUUCUCAGGUGAAAGGAGCAGUUGAUGAUGACGUAGCAGAAGCAGAUAUAAUUUCUACAGUAGAGUUUAAUCAUUCUGGAGAAUUACUAGCCACAGGAGAUAAAGGUGGGAGAGUCGUCAUCUUUCAACAAGAGCAGGAGAACAAAAUCCAGUCUCAUAGCAGAGGAGAAUACAAUGUUUACAGCACCUUCCAGAGCCAUGAGCCAGAAUUUGACUACUUGAAAAGCUUAGAAAUAGAAGAGAAGAUCAACAAAAUUAGGUGGUUACCCCAGAAAAAUGCUGCCCAGUUUUUAUUGUCUACUAAUGAUAAAACAAUAAAAUUAUGGAAAAUCAGUGAAAGAGACAAAAGACCAGAAGGCUAUAACUUGAAAGAGGAAGAUGGAAGGUAUAGAGAUCCUACUACAGUCACUACACUACGAGUGCCGGUGUUUAGGCCCAUGGAUCUAAUGGUGGAGGCCAGUCCGCGGAGAAUAUUUGCCAACGCCCAUACCUACCACAUCAACUCCAUUUCUAUCAAUAGUGAUUAUGAAACCUACUUAUCAGCAGAUGAUUUGCGAAUUAAUCUCUGGCAUCUGGAAAUUACAGACAGGAGUUUUAAUAUUGUGGACAUUAAGCCUGCCAAUAUGGAGGAGCUCACGGAGGUGAUCACAGCUGCAGAGUUCCAUCCCAACAGCUGUAACACGUUUGUGUACAGCAGCAGUAAAGGGACCAUUCGCUUAUGUGACAUGAGGGCAUCUGCACUCUGUGACAGGCAUUCUAAAUUGUUUGAAGAACCCGAAGAUCCCAGCAACAGGUCGUUUUUUUCUGAAAUCAUCUCCUCAAUUUCUGAUGUAAAAUUCAGCCACAGUGGUCGCUAUAUGAUGACUAGAGACUAUUUGUCAGUCAAAGUUUGGGACUUGAAUAUGGAAAACAGGCCCGUGGAGACAUACCAGGUACACGAAUACCUCAGAAGUAAACUUUGCUCACUGUAUGAAAACGACUGCAUAUUUGACAAAUUUGAAUGUUGUUGGAAUGGGUCUGACAGUGUUGUCAUGACUGGAUCCUACAAUAAUUUCUUCAGAAUGUUCGACAGGAACACAAAGCGGGAUAUAACCCUAGAAGCAUCGCGAGAAAACAAUAAGCCUCGUACAGUUUUGAAACCACGCAAAGUCUGUGCAAGCGGCAAGCGAAAGAAAGAUGAAAUAAGUGUUGACAGCCUAGACUUCAACAAGAAAAUCCUUCAUACAGCCUGGCAUCCCAAGGAAAACAUCAUUGCUGUAGCGACUACAAACAAUCUGUAUAUAUUUCAAGACAAAGUGAAUUAGGCUGGCAUUCUCUGCAGAGGAGCCACUUCCUGCUUAGUGAGAUAGUUGAAUCUAGCAUUCAUACCUAUAAGAGAGCGGUCCAUUGUGGCGCCCCUUUCCAGUGUUUGACAGUGUGCCAUUCAACAACACAUUUGAUAGCCACAUGGAGAAAGCUGUGCGGAUGCAUCCCGGGCUGUUUCCAUGUCUGCUAGCCAUUUAGGGAAGGGAAGGGCACUUUUAAUUUAAUGACUUCUUGCACCAUCUUGCCUGGUGGACUGGACUGGACUGUGUCAGCAUUGAUGUACUCCACUUUUUAUGCCUUCCAUUGUGAUGACGUCAAACACAGUGAACGCCUUCAGUCAUGCUAUGGAAUUUGUGUAUCCUCAUUACUGUAUCAUUUGUGGGGUACACCCCUCCCCUCUUUUUUAAAUUAAAUACAGCUCAUUCUUACUGUGGCUUGUAGCAUUCCUCCUCUCUGGCCUCCUGGACUCUCCCCUCCAUCUCUUAUCCUUGCCCUUUCCACCUUGUCUCGGUGGUGGCGUAUUAAAAAGGAAGAACGAAAGCACACAAAAUGAGUCAGUUUGGGGUCAGUGGUAAUGGGGGACUAUGUUACGAACAAAUGUUUUAAUAACAGUUGGCUGUAAUCACUCCUUGCCAUGUCUGGCACUGAAAAUAAGGAAAAAAAAAACUACUACUGAAUAAAAGUGACAAAGAAUGGAGAA